AUGAACCCAAUUUUCACAUACGAAGCUGAAACCAAAACCUGGAAAGGCGCUGAAGUUCCAUUUCCCUUCGCAGGAAAGGGAGUUCCUGAAGUAGUUUUCGAUGCGAUGACUAAAUAUUUGGAUCACGUUUGCCAAAUUAGCGAUGACACGGGUGUCAUUUACACAAACGAGAAAAUGCUUAAAACAGCAAUUAGUUUUGCAACUGCUCUUAAAUACGAAUUCCGAAUCCGUAAGGGAGAUCAUGUCUUGUUAAUGACCGAAAACUAUCAUUAUAUGGCAGGAACAUGGCUCGGAUGUGCUUUUGCUCAAGCAGUUCUUUGUCCAUUUGUUUUUUCUGAAGGAACUUCUGUUAAAGAUGAAGUUAUGAACUUGUUACGUCAAAUCGCUCCAAAAUUGCUUGUUAUGACAGAUGUUACCCAAGUUGAAAGUUUCAAGAAAAUUUUGAAGGAUUUGGGAAUGGAUAUCCCAAUUCUCAUGUAUGAAAACAAAAUUGAAGGAUGUCACGAUCUCAAACCUCAUUUGGAAGCUGAUAUCGAUAUCUCUUGUUUCAAAGUGCCUCGUGUCGAAGAUCCCGAAAAUACGACUUUUAUGUUGACUUUGUCUUCGGGAACAACUGCACAAUCUAAACUCACGAUCACAACGCAUCAACAAUUGCUUGGAUGUUGGUUGAAUGGUCCCAUUAAGAUGGUUGGCGCUUCAACUUUGCGUCCUGGAUGGCAAUCUGAAGGUCUUACCUUAUUCCAUUCGUUUAUUGGAACACAUACCCGUGUCAUUCGUGCACAACAAGACAUCGACAGUUUCCUCCGAAUAGUACAAAAACACAAAGUUCAUUUGGCUUUCAUGGCUCCAAAAGACAUUUACGCCGCAAUUCGCAGUCCCGUGAUAAAAGAAGUCGAUCUCAGCUCGUUGCGUCUCAUCUCGAGCGGCGGAAAUCAUCUCAGCGACAAAAUUCGCAUGGAAUUUCAGAAAUACAUCCCGAAAGGAACUGUCAACUCAUCAUACGGCAUUUCUGAUUUGUGCUCGAAAAUUGCAGCAGCUCCCGUUGGAACAAUCGCAAAGCCCGGAUCUGUUGGAAAAGUAGCGAAAAACAUGGAAGUUCGUGUCAUUGACGACGAUGGCAAACGUUUGGGACCCGGAGAAAUCGGGGAAUUUCAUGUAAAACCAACUGUCACGAAAUUCGUUGGAUAUUACAACAAUCCAGAGCUGACGAAAAACAGCAUUGACGAGGAUGGGUUCUUCAAAACAGGCGAUGUUGGCAAAAUUGACGAGGAGGGAAAUGUUUUCAUUGUCGAUCGUAAAAAGUAUUUGAUCACAUAUCGCGGAAAUUGGAUCAACACAAGCCAAAUAGAGAAAAUUGUUUUGGAAAAUGUCGAAGGUAUUGAGGGAGUUUGCGUUGUUGACAUGGAAGAUGCGGAAAAUGGUAUUAUUCCCAUUAUCACAGUGCAACCGGAAACAGGUGUUUCGCUCGAUGCCAAAGAUAUUAUCGCGACAGUGCACAAACAUCACGAAAUCAAGUUCGAAACAAAGGUUUUCUUCUUUGAAUCGCUGCCAAUUACGAUCUCUGGCAAGUACAUCAAGUACCGCAUUCGGGAAAUGGUGAAACAAUUAAUGGCUUAAAUGAUGCCAUGACACCUUAGAUUUACUUUUAACUCACUUUUAAGACUUUUUAUACCUUUUUUGUACAUAUUUAUAUAAUAAAUGAAAAU